AUGGGCAAUAAAAGAGUCGCAUAUCUUCCGCUAAGCUCCUCCGUAUUUCUUAAGCCCAACAGUAUGAAGGUUUCGGAGUUGAGACCAGCUCUAGAGGAAAGACAAAUUCCCACGGCUGGUCUUCAAAAGAAGGAUAUGGUUGCUCGCCUAAAAGAGUGGAUGACAAAGGCACAGCGAGAAAAUAAAGUUGACUGCACCAAAUUUUCUUCUCUUCCACUGAACACUGCACGUUCGACCCCACUUUCCACUCCCCUUGCUGUUUGUGGCUUUGGCACUGACCUGUUGUUUAUUUCGGAUUUGCACACGCAUCGAGUACUUCAAGUUUCUAUCACCAACAACGGAGCAGUCUUGAAAGGAAGUGUCAUCUCUGAGAUCCUUCUUAAAGACUCUGCUUUACCAUUAGGAAUUUCCGUUGCAACGGGAAAUCUUCUUGUGGCAGACUCAAGCGACGAGGGAGGAUUGCUACGCAUUGACCUUUCGACUAAUGCAGAGACAGUUUUAGUUUCAAACAAGUCGAGCAGCUGCCAGCGCAUUCACGGAAUCGCAGUUGAUGAGAACGGAGACUUGAUAUUCACGGACAGAGAUGCCCGAAAAUUGCGCUUGCUGUCCAACGGCACUGUGAAAGACAUUGCUGGUUCGGGAGUUAAUUCAUCUAAAGAUGGUUCAUCAAGUUCUUGCUCCUUUGAACAGCCCACAGCUGUUUGUAUUGAAGGGAAAACAAUCUACGUUGCUGAUACUGCUGUUGGACGCGUCUGCAUGGUGACCCCUACUUCAGCACUUUCACUCUACCUGGAACAAACUGAUACUGUUUGUAAAACGUUCGGUAUUCAUUUGCCUGGAAUCUCUCCGAACAUUUACAGUAUCUCUCAAGCCAUAGCUGCCUUCCGUGACGUAUCAUCACUCUUAAGCACCUGGGAGAGAGAGACAGCAGAAUCUCUUUGUCGAGCAUCUACCGUGCAAGGUCCCCAAGGUACACCCUCUUCAAAGAGCAUUCAGAGCGUCAAAGUCAUACUGGAAUCCCUUGGAAUACUGAAGGAAAGCCUGAGCUAUAUCAAUGCCGACUUCAUUUCUCAUGUGCGACUUGCAUCUUUACUAACACUUGUCGUGGAGCACCUUUUCAGUAAGAUGCGAUCGAGAAACCCUACACCCACGCUUCUUGAAUAUGCACAGCUCUUUGGUCCAACGAUGAAAGAGAACGUCAAGCAGUUGACCAAAUGCGGCUUUCAUUACUUCACUGCCUCCUCAUCAUUCUAUGAGCUCCCUGACGGUGGCAGUCUCCACUUUACUGAUGUUCCAGUCAUCCCGCAACUCCCGACAAAAUCCAUGCCCAUUGGAGAUCAGAAGGUUCUUCGUGACUGGCGUGACAAUUACGGCCAACCAGUUGCACAAGUGACCGUAAGAAAUCAAUCCACUAAGGACAACGUUGGAACUCUUCCACUUUACUCCUAUACCAGGCCGCAGCCCAUACCGCAACCACUGUCAUUCUCUUUCCCCACUGAGACCUCGUCCUCAAGGCAAGGCAGCUUGCACUCCAAUGUCUCCAAUGCUGAAUUGUUAUUUUCUUCGCAAACCGUUCUGGCCAUAAAACCAGGCCUUGUCGGCCUUACUGAAAGGACACUUAUUUCCACACCUUUUUAUCUUGGAGUUGCAGCUGAAGAUAUCUACCAAGACCAGCAUAGAGCUUAUUUGCCAAAGAUCAAUAUUUUUUAUCCCUCCGAACAAAACAUCUACCUUUUUGAAAGAAAUGAUCAAGUCGAUUUACCCAAGGAAGCUGUGGGAUUGGUACUUGAUGCCUUGACACCAGCGGCUAGCGAAGAAAUAAUACUGCCAGAAGAAAUUUACGAAGGAGUUGUCAGUGUUUUUAGAGAGACAAGGGAUCUGUGCAUUGAAGGUGAUGAAAGCAUAACAGAUUCUGUUGCAGAUGAAGCAGACUUCUCCGACGAUGAGCUAAACAGUGUGGUCUGUGUUGACUCUGUGACCCUGCCAACCAUCUCCACGUCUCGAGUCGGAAGAAAUAUCCGUCCACCGACCAGACUGGACUUGUAAUUACUGCAAAUAUCUAGAUUUGUAAUUACCUUAAAUAUCCACUGUUGGCGCAAACUGACAUUUUAUUUCACUGUACAUACGCACAUUAACGGGUCAUUAACUAUUUUCUCUGAUCCUUUGUUCAGACGAUCAGCAUGUAGUGUCUGUAGUAAGCCAGAGUUGCGCCAAUGUAUGACCUUAUGUAAUAAGUCCGUAAGACUGGGGAGAGUUGACAAAUGCGAGGCUACUGAGAUAGAGGUUGUUUACCAUUUACAAGGGAAAAUCGGUUGGUCAACAGUUUGUGUAAAUGGUAAGCAAAACUCCAGAAAGGGAAAUUCCGUUUGCGAAACGAGCUGAGUAACCACGCUUACGCAUCAAAACUGGCGUAGGGUCUGGAACUGGUAGAUAAAAAAGCAAAUGGUACACACAUUUCCGUUAGGAAAUUUCGGUUGGGAAUUUUGAACUACCUUUCAAGACGUUCCGUUUAUUUCGGAAAUUUUCCGGUUGGUCGAGCCAAAGUUGUCCAUUGUCUUACCAUUUACAUUCUGACCGAAAUUUCCGGAAUUUUUGGGUAAAUGGUAAACAACCAGACUCCGUGAAGCGCAUCUGUGACAUCUGUAUGGAAGAAUAGUUACAAUACCGGCACUCAGUAUCACAAUUAGCUAUCAGUGCAGCAGUUUUAAUCAAG